UUUUAUUUUUAUUUUUUCACCUUUAUUUAACCAGGUAGGCCAGUUGAGAACAAGUUCUCAUUUACAGCUGUGACCUGACCAAGAUAAAGCAAAGCAGUGCGACAAAAACAACAACACAGUUACACAUGGAAUAAACAAACGUACAGUUAAUAACAAUAGAAAAGAAAGUCUAUAUACAGUGUGUGCAAAUGGCAUGAGGAGGUAUGGCAAUAAAUAGGCCAUAGUAGCAAAGUCAUUACAAUUUAGCAGAUUAACACUGGAGUGAUAGAUGAGCAGAUGAUGGUGUGUAAGUAGUGAUACUGGUGUGCAAAAGAGCAGCAAAGUAAAUAAAAACAAUAUGGGGAUGAGGUAGGUAGAUUGGGUGGGCUAUUUACAGAUGGACUACGUACAGCUGCAGCAAUCGGUUAGCUGCUCAGAUAGCUGAUGUUUAGUUAGUGAGGGAAAUGUAACUCUCCAGCUUCAGCGAUUUUUGCAAUUCGUUCCAGUCACUGGCAGCAGAGAACUGGAAGGAAAGGCGGCCAAAGGAGGUGUUGGCUUUGGGGAUGACCAGUGAGAUAUACGAGGCAACUGUAGUGACUACUGGACGCCUGUAGUGACUAGCAUUAUGGGAUGUGGCACCUCCGUCACCACCGACAACAAGGGGAGGAGACUGACGACAGACGAGAUGGCCAAGAACACUCCCAGCCCUGCACUGGCUAUGAAGGCAGCCAUCCUGAUCCAGCGCUGGUACAGACGUUACAUAGCCAGGUUAGAGAUGAGACAGCGAUACACCUGGAACAUCUUCCAGUCUAUAGAGUAUGCUGGGGAGCAGGACCAGCUACAGCUCUCCAGUUUCUUCAGUUUCAUGCUGGACAACUUCACUCAACCCAAUGGGAAUGGUCCAGAUCUGAUCUCCCACCUGCUGGACCCAGUGGUUGACCCGUGGUCAGACAGAGAGAGACAGACCAUGUAUGAACAGAUCACUGUUCCUGAGUCCUACAGCGGUCCUCACCUCAGCUUCCCCCUCACCGUCUCUCACACCAACGCCCUGCUCUCUGCAUUCAAAGAACAACAGCCUCUCCACAGCAGAUACAUGCUGCAGUUGUUACAGCAGACUAAGAAGCUCCUGAAACAGAUGCCAAACGUCAUUCAGCUGUCCACACCCUAUGCCAAGGAGAUCACAAUAUGUGGAGAUUUACAUGGCCGACUAGAUGACUUGCUGCUCAUAUUCUACAAGAACGGCCUCCCCUCGGCAGAGACUCCGUACGUGUUCAACGGAGACUUUGUGGACCGAGGGAAGAAGUCUGUGGAGAUCAUUAUCCUGCUGUUUGCCUACCUGCUCCUCUACCCUGACCACAUGACCCUGAACAGAGGCAACCACGAGGACCACAUCAUGAACCUCCGAUAUGGAUUCACUAAAGAAGUUAUGCAGAAGUACAAGACACAUGGCAGGGACAUCCUACUGCUGCUCCAGGAUGUGUUCAGCCUCCUCCCCAUAGCAACAGUCAUCGACAACAAGGUGCUCAUUGUCCACGGAGGAAUAUCAGACAUGACGGACCUGGAUUUCCUCAACUCUAUAGAGAGACACAAGGUGAAAUCUGCCCUGAGGCUUCCUAGGAAGAGUCUGAACCAUCCGGAGGGCCAGCCAGAGAGUCCCCGGUGUAGGAGCAGGGGUCAGCCAGAGAGUCUCCGGUGUAGGAGCAGGGGUCAGCCAGAGAGUCCCCGGUGUAGGAGCAGGGGCCAGCCAGAGAGUCCCCGGUGUAGGAGCAGGGGUCAGCAAGAGAGCCCCCAGUGUAGGAGCAGGGGUCAGGACCAUGGCAACACCCCCAAGAAGAGACGUCACCUCACCAGACAGGGCAGCUCCUCCUCUUCCUCCUCAUCUUCGCUGUGCUCCCCCCGGGGGUCGUCCCGCCGCUGCCUUUCUCCCAGCAUGCUGAGCCCCACCAACAACCUUCAGGUGCCCUUCCUGGACUCCUUCACCGCCCUCCCCGUCCGUCAGCCGCCCAGGGAGGAGUUGGAGUGGAAACAGGUAGUAGAUUUGCUGUGGAGCGACCCGAAGAGCCAGCCAGGCUGCAGUCCCAACACCUUCAGGGGAGGAGGCAGUUACUUCGGGCCAGACGUGACCAGACGCCUGCUGGAGAGACACGGCAUGACUCUGCUGAUCAGAUCACAUGAGUGUAAACAGGAGGGCUACGAACUCUGCCACGACGGACAGGUGAUCACCAUUUUCUCUGCGUCUAACUACUAUGAGGAGGGUAGUAACCGUGGAGCCUACAUUAAGCUGGGCAGAGAGCUGGUCCCUCGCUUCUUCCAGUACCAGGUCAGCAGGAACACCAGGAAACUCACCCUGACUCAGAGGGUGAAUGUGGCAGAGGGUUCGGCUGUAAGGGCUGUACAGGAGAAGCUGUUUGCCCACCGCUCAGAACUCAUGGCUGCCUUUCAGCAGUAUGACACAAGUAACAGUGGCUGUAUCUCUGUCAGUGAGUGGGCCCUGGUGGUGGAGUCAGUCCUGAGCCUGGACCUGCCCUGGAGGACUCUGCGCCCGCGCCUGGCACGGCUGGCACCAGAUGGCAGCAUCGACUACCAGUCCUGCUUCGAGGACAUGGGCCCAGGACAACCCAUACCCCAGGUCACUCCAAACUUGGCUGAAACUCUUUACAGAUAUCGAACAGACCUUGAGAUUAUCUUCAACAUCAUGGACAAAGACCACUCUGGUCAGAUCUCCAUCGAGGAGUUCCGUCAGACCUGGCGUCUGUUUAGUGCUCACCUGGGUGUGGAGGUGGAUGAUCGGGCCAUAGAUGAACUGGCUAAGAGUAUAGACUUCAACAAGGAUGGCAGCAUCGACUUCAACGAGUUCCUAGAGGCCUUCAGGGUGGUGCACAAACUGGAUGUUAAGGACCAACAGCAGGGCUGAGAGAAAUCUUGUUGUAGACCUGAAGACUCACAUUAGCUACCCGGGCAAUGACUUGGCUUUAGCUCAGUGAGCCAACACUGGCAGCAGGGCUGAGAGAACUACAAAGACCAGUGGCCCGGUUGAGAGAACUACAAAGACCAGUGGCUACACAGACCAGCGGCUAGGCUGAGAGAUCUACAAAGACCAGCAGCUAGGCUGAUAGAACUACAAAGACCAGCAGCUAUGCUGAGAGCGAACUACAAAGACCAGCAGCUAUGCUGAGAGAGAACUACAAAGACCAGCAGCUAGGCUGAGAGAGAACUACAAAGACCAGCAGCUAGGCUGAGAGAGAACUACAAAGACCAGCAGCUAGGCUGAGAGCGAACUACAAAGACCAGCAGCUAUGCUGAGAGAGAACUACAAAGACCAGCAGCUAUGCUGAGAGAGAACUACAAAGACCAGCAGCUAUGCUGAGAGAGAACUACAAAGACCAGCAGCUAUGCUGAGAGGUCUACAAAGACCAGCAGCUAGGCUGAGAGGUCUACAAAGACCAGCAGUUAGGCUGAGAGAACUACAAAGACCAGCAGCUAUGCUGAGAGAGAACUACAAAGAUCAGCAGCUAUGCUGAGAGAGAACUACAAAGACCAGCAGCUAUGCUGAGAGAGAACUACAAAGACCAGCAGCUAUGCUGAGAGAGAACUACAAAGACCAGCAGCUAUGCUGAGAGAGAACUACAAAGACCAGCAGCUAUGCUGAGAGAGAACUACAACGACCAGCAGCUAUGCUGAGAGAAAACUACAACGACCAGCAGCUAUGCUGAGAGAAAACUACAAAGACCAGCAGCUAUGCUGAGAGAAAACUACAAAGACCAGCAGCUAUGCUGAGAGAAAACUACAAAGACCAGCAGCAGGCUUGAGGGGAGCCAUGCUCGCCUUGGCUUUAGCUCUGCAGGCUUAAACAGUCUUGUGGUCAACCAUACACUCAGUGUAGCACAUGCAGUUGUGUAACAGUAUAACUUUAAACCAUCCCCUCGCCCCGACACGGGCGCGAACCAGGGACCCUCUGCACACAUCAACAACAGUCACCCACGAAGCGUCGUUACCCAUCGCUCCACAAAGGCCACGGCCCUUGCAGAGCAAGGGGCAACACUACAUCUAGGUUUCAGAGCAAGUGACGUAACUGAUUGAAACGCUACUAGCGCGUACCCGCUAACUAGCUAGCCAUUUCACAUCCGUUACACUCACCCCCCUUUCAACCUCCUCCUUUUCCGCAGCAACCAGUGAUCCGGGUCAACAGCAUCAAUGUAACAGUAUAACUUUAAACCGUCCCCUCGCCCCGACACGGGCGCGAACCAGGGACCCUCUGCACACAUUAACAACAGUCACCCACGAAGCGUCGUUACCCAUCGCUCCACAAAAGCCGCGGCCCUUGCAGAGCAAGGGGCAACACUACAUCUAGGUUUCAGAGCAAGUAACGUAACUGAUUGAAACGCUACUAGCGCGUACCCGCUAACUAGCUAGCCAUUUCACAUCCGUUACACUUGCAUGAGUCAGGAAUCUUGUAGAUCGAGGAGGUGUGGUCUCCCUUCUCCCUGUGGUGUAGAACAUGUCUCAGAGGAGAACACACUACUCUCACCAGCUACUGAUAUGGAGACGGACCAACACACGUGAGGUUUCUACAGACAAAGCAGUCAAGAGCUCCCCGCGGCAUGUCCUAGCUCUGCUCUGCAGACGAACAGCACUGUGCCCCAUCUUUUCUAGGUCUGAGACAGGGCUGUAACUCUGAGACCAGACUGCUACAUCCUCUCUUCAGGGUUAAAGGUCCAAUGCAGACGUUUUCAUUUGAAAUAAAUCUCGAUAUUAAAUCAUUUCUGGGUAAGUACCUUACUGUGAUUGUUUUCAUUAAAAUGGUCAAAAAGAAACUGAACUAGCUUCUUAGCAAAGAGCCUUUUCUCAAGCAAGAAUGUAUCUGACUGUCUGGGAGUGGUCUGGAAAACUGCAAAUGAUCUGUUAUUGGCAGAGAGGUUUCGACGUCUUUCUUAUUGUUCGAUUAACCCAUUUACCUCCUGGUGAUGUCACUAGGCAGGCCAAAACCAUCCCACCAGAACAGGCUGACAUGUAUUUUUACACACCUCUUCCACUUAAGAGGUCAUUAUCGUAGUUUUCUAAAUUGAACAGUAUUAUUCCAACCUCAUAAACGCAGCAUGUACAGUGUUGGUCCCAUGUUUCAUGAAGCUGAAAUAAACAAUCCCACAAAUGUUACAA